CCGCCCCUCCACGUAUCCUGUUUACUUCCGGGUGUCAGGAAGAGGAUCGCAGAUACCCCUAGAGGGGCAGAAUGGCGGCUCCGGGGGGCAGGAACCUCCCAGACUGGGGGGGCUUCCAGGACGAUGUGCAGAGCGGGGGUGGGGCUGCGGUGAUUGACAUGGAGAACAUGGAUGACACGUCUGGCUCCAGCUUUGAGGACAUGGGGGAGAUCCACCAGAGGAUGAAGGAGGACGACGAGGAGGAGGGUGAGGGCGAGGCGGACGGCGUCCCCGAGGAGGGCGAUGAGGACGGAGAGUUCCUGGGCAUGAAGGGGAUAAAGGGUCAGCUGGGGCGCCAAGUGGCCGGUGAGAUGUGGCAGGCGGGGAAGCGGCAGGCCUCUAAAGCCUUUAAUCUUUAUGCCAACAUAGACAUCCUGCGCCCGUACUUUGAUGUGGAGCCCAUACAGGUCCGGAACAGGUUGCUGGAGUCGAUGAUCCCCGUAAAGAUGAUCAGCUUCCCCCAGAAAAUCGCUGGAGAGCUGUAUGGACCUCUUAUGCUGGUGUUUACCAUGGUGGCCAUUCUGCUGCAUGGCAUGAAAUCAUCUGGAACUGUCAUUGUGGAGGGCACACUCAUGGGCACCGCCAUCGGGACUUGCUUCGGAUAUUGGCUUGGAGUUUCAUCCUUUAUUUAUUUUGUUGCCUAUUUGUGUAACUCUCAGAUCACCAUGCUUCAAACCCUCUCCCUGCUGGGUUAUGGCCUCUUCGGACAUUGCAUUGUCCUCCUCAUCACCUACAACAUUCACUUCCACUCUCUCUUCUACGUCUUCUGGUUGGUGAUCGGCGGCAUGUCUACCCUGCGCAUGGUGGCGGUGUUGCUGUCUCGCACAGUCGGUCAAACACAGCGUCUGAUCCUGUGCGGCAUAUUAGUGGCUCUGCACAUGUUGUUCCUCCUGUACCUGCACUUCGCCUAUCACAAGGUGGUGGAAGGUAUCCUGGACACACUGGACGGACAGAACAACAUGCCACCCCCUUUCCAGAGAGUCGCUCGUGAUUUGUCCUUGGGCACCAACUCCGUUUUGAACGCGACCCUCCAGGCCGUGCCCGCCCAGUCCGGCUGAGCGCGGGUCACAUGACGGGAAGUAUUGCGGAUACAAAGGACUUCCUCAAAGACUGACCCCUGCAGGUCACAUAUAUCUUCUGGGGGAUGCUAUGAGGGUUCCAAGGUUUUAUUCCUCUGGGUGGUGCCCAGUUGGGUUUGCUGGGUUCUUCUUUUGGACUUGCUCUUUGUAAAGGGUUAAAUACCCCUUUCUCUUUCUACAAAGGGUCACCUAAUACCCCCCCCCCCACUAAUUUUAUUUUAUGAUGCUGAUAGUUUGGACAGCCCCUCCCCCAGCCGCCUGAGCGUUGAUGAUGUCGAGUUUCCAGGGUAAGCGGUUUUAUGGAGCUUUUGUCUAUCUGGGUGGGCAAUCUGUCUCCACCCAUGUACAGAAUUCCUCCCAAUUCUUUGUAUAGUUGGUUCUCAUUGUCUCAUGAAGUCUUCAUCAAUCAUUUUAAGCUUCAUAAUAAAUUAUAGAGAAGUGUUACACCCCUC